CUUCCUACAGCCUGCAAACGCCAACAGUGAUCGCGUCUCUUUGGGGAAUCGAUGAGAACACGCGCGCAACAGCCUGUUUUUGCGGAAACUUCCACACAAUUAUCAAGAUGCGCGGCUCGGCGGCAGCCGGAAAGCGUGACGAGCCAGUGCCAGAGACAUCCUACUAUCUUGCGUUUGGAAAUCAUAGUGAAGGGCAGUGUGGGGCUGGCGAAAAUGGGAGCCCGGAGUGCGUUUGCGUCGACCCAUACCUGCCCAAGACAGCGCUACAGGUUCUGUGGGAGCCUUGCCGAGUGGAGCAGCAUCAAGCCGAGUGGCCCGUUCUUGCAGUGGGAGAAAACCAUUCUGUGGCAAUCGACGGCUUGGGGCGUCCCUGGUCUUGGGGGAACGGCGCGGCGGGUAAGGCAAUUUCGCACUUUGAAAUUUUGAUCUACUGGGCUCUAAAAUGAUGAAAAAGAGCAAACCUUUCUUCCGACUGAAUGAUGACUCACUUUGAGAACAUAAUAAUCCGUUUCUCAAACAUUCGCAGUAAGUGUCCGAAAAAGUGUAGGGGGUCAUGUUGUGACCGCUGGCACAAAUGAAGACCGACUUUUUUCCUUAGAUGUCUGACCGGUUGAAAGUAUCGUACUAGUACAAAUUUGGUCAUUUGUAAUGCGGAUUUCCCUUAACACCUAGAUUUGUAAAUGCGUAAUUGCACCAAAGACGGGCAUGAAUGAUGAUCGUAACAAGUGUCGCGCCAUCCAUUUUCGUAGAGCAUUUCCCUCUGCCAGGAAGAUGCGGUGACAUCAACUCUUUGACACCCUGACUGCCCACGAGAGCCAAAGCCCAGCGUUCUCUUUGUAGCACUUAUAAUCUCCACCACAGCUAGCACUAGCGUGAUGAUUGUAACAAGUGUCGCGCCAUCCAUUUUCGUAGAGUUUCGGCCUCUACGGGGCGGAUACGGUGACAUCAACCUCUAGACACCCUGAUUUGUGCUGUAGCCCGACAGAGAAUUUUGAAUCUAGAUCCCCGACUAGGUUCCACUAACUAAAAUGAUGAUUAUAACAAGUGUCGCGCCAUCCAUUUUCGUAGAGCUUUCGCCUCUACGGGGCGGAUACGGUGACAUCAACCUCUAGACACCCUGAUUUGUGCUGUAGCCCGACAGAGAAGAAUUUGAACCUAGAUCCCCAACUAGGUUCGACGAACUAAAAUGAUGAUUGUAACAAGUGUCGCGCCAUCCAUUUUCGUAGAGCUUUCGCCUCUACGGGGCGGAUACGGUGACAUCAACCUCUAGACACCCUGAUUUGUGAUGCGCAUUUUAGAGCACAGAAAAAUCUCUCAUGCAUAGGUAGCAAAGCAAAAGCUGCCUUACGAUGAUGAUUGCAACAAGUGUCGCGCCAUCCAUUUUCGUAGAGCAUUUGCCUCAACGGGGUGGAUACGGUGACAUCAACCUUUAGACACCCUGACAAAGCACUGGAUAUUCCUUUUUUUUGUAUGUACUGAUGAUGACACUCUUUGAGAAAAUCGUAUUCCGUUUCUCAAACAUUCGCAGUAAGUGUCCGACUAAGUAGCUCCAGGGGAAAAUAACUUUUGUGGCUGCACAUGCUGGACAAACUUCCUUAGAUGUCUGAUCAUUGGUUUUCUUGAGAUUUUUCGUGCGGCCUUUUGGGGUGCCAUGCUGCGCAGUAUUUUUCCUCUUGCGCAGCGAUAUCGAGCGGUCGGGCACUGGAGCGGGGUACAAUUCUGCUCCUCGUGGUGUUUCGAAGUCGAUAGCAUCCAAUAGAGAGACUAUAGUGGUUGACGUUUUCUAAACUCCCACAUAGUCCUGCUUCAUAUUCCUUGUCGCGGCAGGAGCGCGGACCUGGGUUUCUUACUCCAGGUUGGUGCAGGGUCGCUCUGCGGCCAAACUGCCGGGUCAAACCAUGGAGCUAACAGUAACGUCUUUUCGAUAAACAUGCUACUUAGACCUUAUUCUCGGCGUACAGGAUGACAAAGUUUGAGAACUUCGUGCAAGAACCGUUUCUCAAACAUUCGCAGUAAGUGUCCUACUAAGUGGCAGCAAAGGCUGCUGCGAAUGCUGGACAAACUUCCUUAGAUGUCUGACAGGCUCCUCGUAGUCGUACCUCCGUGAGCUUAUUCAUACAUUGCAUUCUUCGGCGUCGUCAAAACAAGACGCAGACUGGACAGUUUGCGAGAAAGGCUAUGAACCUGUGCUGAUUGUCUGACUUUUAUGUUAAAAAAAGGUAAGCUAGGGCAGGGCGAUCAGCGAAAUUUGCGGCAAGCCACACUGAUCGACAGGCUGAAGGCACGCAGGUUCGUGUUGGCUGCGUGUGGUCCGAGCUCCACCGUGUUAGUUAGUCGCACUGGCGCGCUGGUGAAGACGAGCUUCUCCGUCUCUGCAACGAAUAAAUCAGGCGGAACUAGUGCUGUAGUAACACCGCCGGCGUCGCUUUCUGGGAGGUGGGCGACUGCGUUUCCGUUGCAGCCGCAUCCUGACAUAGUCGCGCCUUCUGCAGCAGUACUUCCAGACGGCGGCGCGAGCGCAGUUGCGACACCUAAACUCGUCAAGGAGAAGCUGCUCAAACUAGAUUUGCCCCACCACCGCAAGGGAUUUUUCGAAAACCUGUCCGCUUCUCUGAAGAAGGAGAUCCCGCAGUCCGUUGUGUUAGUUGAGAAACCUUUACCGGUGGGGGAGUGGCUGGUGCUAACAGCCUCGGAAGGGAAAAAACAAGAUUUCCGCGUGCAGUCGCUUGUUUGCCGGGUCACGCAGAAGGGCAGUCUAAUCUGCAAGUCCCGCGCUCCGGUCUUGCUCAGGGGUAAUGGGAACAGUCCCGGGACGGAGGCGUCGCUGCCCUGCGCUGCCAACACGACGCUGAAAGACACCGAGGCGAGCCAGGGCGCCGAGGCAACGAGCAACAAGCCCAAAAUCUUCAUUGUUUCCGCCGAGUGCUGGUCCCUGUCUGGGGAUAAACCAGAUACCGUGCUGACAUUGGGCCGCAAGAAGAUCAAACGCAGGCUACUUGACUUUGCCCCUCCAGGAAAAGUGAACUCGGAGGAGAGUGCAGCACCUGUUCGUGAUGCUUCGGCGAAAGGCCCUGUUUCAACGCCGAAUGACGUGUGUGUUUUCCAGAUGCCGAAAGGGGUGGCUGUUGCGGAGGUGGCGGAGUGGUUCGACGACGUGGGAGUGCUGUCGCCUUCGUCACCAAAGCACACUGAAGUCGGCAGCAACAAGCCCGGAGGUGGUGGUGCAGCGAACAAUACUAAAGUGGAUCUGCUGACACAGUCGUCGUGUAAGUACCUCAUUGGAUAUCACGAGGCAGAGCAGAUAUUCCAAGCCUGCAGUCUUACCACCGCUGCGGGGAGCGAUCAAAUCUCUUCGUCGGGAAGCCAGGAGAAGGAUCGCCAAGCACUGCCGGCUGCCAUGGCGUCGUUGGCGCUGCACGAUGUGCGUGCGGAUGCUUUGGAUUCGCACUUGCUGAACCUCGUGCAGCUGAAACCCAAGGGCAUUUUGCUGGCCCAGCGCAAUGAGCAACAGCCCGCAGUCGACAGUGAGGGAGAGGCGGACGGAAACACAGCCGCGCGUUGGACCGGGUGGGAGACCUUCGACUUGCAUGUUUCCGUGCAGACGGAUCUUCCUUACCGUUCGGCACAAAGCGAAUCACCAGCCACCAAGGCGGCUAACCAUUGGAAGACCUGUUUUGUGGGACUGCUGAGCAACGGUGAUGCAGCGCAGUUGCUGCAGUCUGGGCAAAGCGCCGAGUCGUCAAAAACGCCUUCGCAGAACCAAGGCCUUAUCACGAAAGUCACGGUGGAGUUUGACAAACACGACUUUUUGUACACGUUCGGGGACGGUAAUGCCUGGCCAGAACCCGUGGCGCUACCUUCUUCGACCACAAACACGCAGUAUUCAGAGGAAGAGGCGCUUGUGCAACAGAUCCAUUGUUGGCAGACUGCGGAGCAGGCAGAAACGUGUCUUGGCGUGCUGUGCGGAGCUGCGAUCGGGGAUGACAAAAGCAAAGUCUACUGCGAAGUCACGAAUUGCGGGUAUGAAAAUCAGGUCCAAAAAGUUUUGAACGUGGAUCGAGAUAGAGCAGAGCUAUCGUCAAUUGCCGUUGGGCCGAAGACGUGCUUUGCCAUUCUGAAGUGAAGGUGUAUUUGGCGUAUUUUCUUGAUGAAUUCUGCUUUCCCGUUGGUGAAGAAAGAGAAACCUAAAAUAGUAAAUGAGAAAAGUAAGGAUGUAUCUAAAAAUCUUCUAUGUGGCAGCAAAUGCCGGGUAAAGGAACAAAAUCGG